UGCACUUGCAAAUUUUUAUGUGGUUUCUAAAGUAAAAUCUUGAGUGAAAAAAACUAAACAUGUCAAUGGCGACGAUAUCUCCACAACACCACGUUGUGAUCGGUUAGUGGCAGCUCGCAUAGCCCAGAGUUUGACUUGGCUAAGGCUGUUGUUUUCCGACCUUUCUUUGGUUGAAACCGGUUUAUGUUGUCAUUUUUGCUUUUUUUAUUGGAAGAGAAUCGAUGGAAAUCUCAAGAAAACGAACGUUGGAGGUCAGCAUCUUCGAAGAUGAAAACGAAUUUGCUGAAGUUCCUCUCUCUGUAAGAAGGCAAAUUGACGAUCUUCUCAGCCCACCUCCGGCGUCUCUCACGGCGUCGGAACCCCUUCCUUCCUUUAAUCACAGGCCCUCCCCUCCUCAUGGGGAAGAUAAAACCUAAGAAAGCAAAAAAGAAGUCUUCAGGAGUCUCUUCGCCGUCAGGAUCUGUUUCUCCGGUCUCCUCCUCCUCAAAUGAAAAGGGACAACAACUCCCCGAGCCGUCUGUCUCUAAAUCCCCGCUAAAGAUCGCCUCAGCCGUGGUUAAUGUCUCCGGCUCAGCCGAAAAUUCCCAUGUUUCGCUAGAUCUGGGUGUAAAACCUGCGUCUCCGACCACAGUGUCUCGGAUUAAAUCUAUUCAGUCUUGCGAUGCCUCAGCUACCGUCCUGGCGACCAGCUCAGUCAUUGCUCAGACGAAAGUUCCUAGCUUAAAUCUAGGUCUGAAUGCCUCAGCUACUGUUCACAAGGUUAGCUCAGCCAACACAGAACUAGUAACAGUUGACUCUUGCAAUGAAGUCGCCACCAAAGUCGGUGAGGCUUGCCAUGAACAUGUCCCCCAGCUUCCGGCUACCAAUAAAGCUGAUGCAGUGAUCUCUAAUUCCACGACACAGAGAACAGUGUCUCCGCCAUCAACACAGCCCGCCGAGAGCAACGAAUGGGUAGGCUUAUUCAAAAGCAAUACAAAGAGGUUAUCCAAGAAAGGGGAAGCUUUUAUCCUGCCUUCAGGUGAAGCCUGUGUGAAGAUACCAAACUCAAUUAUUGAGAAAAACAUGAAGUCGUGGGAGUCCUUCAUUAUUGGCCAAUUCUAUGCAGACCCUCCUCCACAAGCGCUAAUACACCCUAUUCUUAACGGUAUUUGGAGUCCUAAGUUCAAAGAUAUCGCUGUUUCAAAAUUGGAUGGCAAUGCUUUCCUUUUUCGCAUCCCAAACUCCCAGACUCGUCGCCGUGUUGUUAAUCAAAGGCUUUGGCAAGUUGAAGGACAAACCAUGUUUGUGGGAGAUUGGGAACCAGGUACGGUCCCAGUUAAACCUGAGUUAACCUCUGCUCCAAUUUGGCUGGAACUGAGAGAUGUACCAUUGCAAUUUUUCCACGAGGACGGCCUCGAACUUAUUGUAGGUCUGGUCGGAGAUCCCAAUUUCUUCACCCUGCCACAGCAAACAAAACAAAUCUGGAAGUAGCUAAAGUGUUUACCAUAAUAGAUCCUCGCAAGCCUCUCCCAGAAGCAGUAAAUGUUCAGUUUGACACUGGUGAUAUAGCUCGUGUCAGAGUAUCAAGCCCGUGGAUGCCUCCUAUAUGCUCCCAUUGUAGAUCAGCUCCGGUUACCUGUAAAAGUUGCAACUCCACAAGCCAUUCCUCUGUGUCUUGCCCAAGAUUAAAAGGAAACGGCAGCAGGAAACCACUAAAAGGCAAAGGUUUGGAUCAAGCAAAGGCUAUAUGCACCCCAUCUAGUGAGGUCCAAGAGAAGGUUACUCACCGGAAAACCCCCACUACUGACAAGGUCGACAAGGUACAGAAGGUAAAGAAGCACCCCUCCUCUACUUUGAAACCUACAGUUUUCUUAUCAAAGGACAAACACCUGUUACUAGGUGAAUCCAGCAAGUCAGCUGCUACUAAAACUUUGGCAAAUGCUGGUGAGACAGAAAAGGAUGGCCCGUCUGAAGCAGAGCCUGAUUCUUCUGAUACACUUUCUAGUGAGGACGAGGCAAAUGUCGACUAUAUCUCAGAAGAUGAACACGAGUUCGUGGAGGUAGUUUCUAAGAGAGAUCGAAGAAGCUACAGGGGCAUUGGUCCCAAAUCUCAUUAAUUUUUUUUCUAUGUCUAUGUCGAAUGACAUUUUUUGUUGGAAUGUCCGCGGAUUCAAUAAGCAAUCCCAUAGAAGUGGAUUUAAACGGUGGUAUGGGUUAAGUAAACCCCUUUUUGGUAGUA